UGCAGGAAAGGUCAUAACGUGUCACUCAUUCAGACAGAGGACAGUGCUCCCCGGAGGCCGCCUGGAGCCUUUAGUGUCUCCACUCACGACUCUCACACGCGGCUCGACAAAGUUCGCGGUGUCGUGACCAAGUGGCGGCCUGGGGGCGGGCGGAGGAGUCUUACUUUUCCACUCCUACUAACUUUACGUGAAAAACAGAUUAACUUGCGGUGAAUUCUUUCUUCUUCCAUCACAAAUACUGGGAUAAUGAUUACCUAGAAAGGAAUUCUGUCUGAUAACAAGCUAAAAGAAAACUAUCGCUAUGUUAGUUCUUGAAGCCUCGUGAAACACCUGGCAUCGUGAAGCACAAACGGAACACCGUGCAGUGUAGGUGAACUACGUGCCUGUAUAGCGUAAAAGAGAGAGAAAUGGAGGAAGAAUAUCGUCACAGGCCUAGACAGCUGCAGGACCACACCUAGACCACUAUAGGGAAAUUAUGUGAAUGAUUUACUUACCAGUGAAAGAGAAAAAUGUGUUCGUCGAAUCAAAAGGCGAGAACAUCAACCCGUGAAUCUGAGUGGUGAAGAAAAUGUAAGCAACAAUAGAAGGCUGAUAGUAACGAGCGAUAGUGAAUAGUAACAGCGAACUAAAGUGAAAACAAUCUCGAAGCAACUUCGUACCAAUAGUUCACCAACUAUUUCGUAAACACUGACCCAGUAACAGUAACCGUGAUGUGCGUGGCGCGAGCAGCAGGGCGGAUGGGCGUCAUGGUGGUGUGUGUGGUGGAGAUGGUGGUGGUGGUGAUGGUGAGGGCGGACACCCUUCACCACGCCCCACGCCCGGACAUGACUGACGGUGUUCUCUCCAGGUAUCCAGGACAGGACGACUAUAUCAGUCCAACUGUUCCUGUCACGGCGGGUGUUGGGGGCCGUGCUGACCUCCCCUGCAAUCUGACCUCGCCCCUGCCCCGUGACCGUGUUCUUCUGGUCCUGUGGUACAAAACUGGCACCCACAAACCCGUGUACAGUUACGACGCCAGAGGGGCCCAGCCGUCACACUGGGUCAACCCGUCACUACUCGGCUCCCGCGCCACCUUCUUCCCCUCCACCUCCACACUCACCCUCCAGCAGGUGCAGGCAGAGGACGAGGGGACGUACCGCUGCAGGGUAGACUUCAAGACGAACCCCACCCUGACCUUCAUCACCAACCUUACUGUUAUAGUGCCGCCGCGUCGCCUGGCAGUGUACACGGAGCAGGAGGUGGUGGCGCGCAGCGUGGUGGGGCCCUUCACAGAGGGGGAGACACUUCGCCUCACCUGCCGCGCCACUGGAGGAUCCCCGCCCCCAACCGUGCUGUGGCUGGAGGGAGAGGCAUACCUGGACGUGGUGGCGGAGGUGGUGACUCCUGACCUGGUGGCGAACAGGCUGGAGGUCCCCGCGCUCACUCGACGAGACCUGCACCGCACUCUGACAUGCCGCGCCGCCAACACCAACAUGACGGCGCCGCUUGUCACCAGCGUCACCCUCGACAUGACCUUCUCGCCGCUCUGGGUCCGCCUUCUGAGUAGCCGCGACGCCCUCAGCGCUGGAAGGGCCUACCAGGUGGUGUGUCAGGCGGCAGGUGCGAGGCCAUCCGCUAAUAUUACCUGGCGUCUCGGGACCAACAUCCUCACCACUCAUACAGAGAAGAUGACUCACGAGGGGAACGUGACGAUGAGCGAGUUAGAGUUCACGCCAGAGGUGACAGACGCAGGGAAGAUACUGAGCUGCGAAGCCUCGACGCCCUCCGACAACACGAGGCCCUUGAGGGACGAGUGGCUGCUGGACAUUUACUACGUGCCACGCACCACCCUGCAGCCUGGCCGUUCCCUCAACCUGAGUAACAUCGAGGAAGGCGACGACGUGUACUUCGAGUGUUCCAUCACCGCCAACCCCUGGGUGUACAAGAUCAUCUGGCUGCAUGAGGGCACGGAGCUGCACCAUAACGUGUCAGCGGGUGUCAUUAUCAGCAACCAGAGUCUCGUCCUUCAAAGUGUCUCCAGAACGGCCUCAGGGAAUUACUACUGUGUCGCCUCCAACAUUGAGGGUGACGGCCAGUCCAACCCAAUCCACCUCAAAGUUAAGUAUGCGCCUGUGUGUCGUGACCCGCACAUGACCUACCACGGGGCCGCCAGACUGGAGCAGGUCAACAUACCUUGUCACUUGGACGCUCACCCGAGGCCGCUCUCCUACCGCUGGACUUUCAACAACAGCGGGGAGAGUGUCGAGAUUCCGCAGGAGCACAUCCAGGUGACCUCCUCAGGCUCCACAGUAAGCUACACACCCAACACGGAACUGGACUACGGCACGCUGCUCUGCUGGGGAUCAAAUGCCGUGGGGCUGCAGCGGCGGCCCUGCGUCUUCCACGUGUUUCCUGCUGGACGCCCAGACCCUGUACACAACUGUUCCUCCUUCAACCUGUCCGUGUCUGUGGUUCAUGUGCGCUGUGUGGCAGGAUUCGAUGGGGGACUGCCUCAAACUUUCAUCCUGGAGCUGCGAGACCCACACUCGGAAACCUUGAUUGCCAAUGCCACUAACAGGGUCCCAUCAUUCUCAGUUCCUUUGCUCCCAUCGGGUCUCACCUUGCGUGGUGAUGUCUUCUCUACCAACGCCAAGGGGAAGAGUGAAACGGUGAACCUGCAGGUGUACACAAUCAAAGAUGUGGCUGAGAAGCGCACAGCUGCCGUCAAGCCCUCACCAACCAAGGGCCAAUCAUCCAGCGACAUUAACCUUACACCCAUCAUCUCUGUCAUUGCUGGGGUGGUGGGCGGACUGUUGGUGGUGCUGAUCAUGGUGUGUGUGGUGGUGAGGGUACGACUUAGCAGAAGGGCAAGGCAACAGUGUGGAAGAGACGAGUCAAGAGAGCCAGCAGGUGUGCACGAUGAGUCUACCAGUGCACCUCUUCACCCCAAGACACCACCACCUACACUGCAUCCCAAAGCACUUCCGCCCACCACUUUGCAUGAUGCUCUUCCUCCACCUCCAGUCUUGUUCAGGGACGGGGAUGAAAGGAACCCUGAUGUGAUCCAGCAUGGUGGAGCUCGUGACCAACCCUGGCGGUGUCCGGGAGGUUUGAAGACCCCUUGGAACAUCACCUCUACCACACCAUUAUGAUAUCCACCAGAGAGCUCAUGCAGGCUGGAGGAGGAGGAGAUGGCACUGGGCCUUGUCACCAGUCUGGGCUGACUACAUACAGUCAGUGCCAUGGUGAUGCAGAUAAGGGCAGGAGACGUCAGCUUCGUCCCGAGCAUGUGGAUGAGGAGGACCUGGUGUUGGGAGAGGUUGAGUGAGUGUCUCCGGAGUGUGAGGGACUCAGGGUGAACUGCACCAUACCUGCACAACACUGGGACUCAAAUAAUUAACUUAAUAAGUUAGAAGAGGCCCAGGUUGUAGGAGGGUGUGGCUGUAUUCAUGAAGAAUGUAGAAAAAGUAUGGUUGUGCAAGGCAAGGGUGAGAUGUGAAAGUGUGUUAAUAAUGCCAGUUUAUCUCAUUCCGUGUGAAUGUGUGUGUGUGCACGCAAGACUUAUUUUCCGUUCAGUGCUCCAACCAGGUGACAUUUGAUCUCAUCCCAGCGCCUUCCUUUGAGAACAUACAUAGAUAUGAAAACAUAUGUUUCAUAUAUUUAUAUUAAGUCUUAGGAAACUAAAACUGUCCCUAAAAUAAAUGUCUGGCAAGUA